AAUUUGAUUAUCGUUAGGCUUCGGUUGCACAUUUCCGUUGCUGGGGAGUAACGUGGAAAACACUCCCCACUUUCCACUAGACACGGUCAAAGAAAGCUUUAUCCACUAACAGAAAUACAGGAUUGCUGAAUGUAUAGCAUAAAGCAAAGCACCGUGUGAUUUUUCACGUCUCCUACAGAUAAUUACUAAAAAGGUAACAAUACUCACACGAAGACAAACUCUACACGGAACUAUUUCAUGCGACACAAGGGAUUAAUGGCUGCAGUCAAUGUACGGAUCUGAGUACCCUUCUCAUUGUUUACAUUUUGAAAUGGUAUGUUCCGUGUGAUUUUGAGACUGUCAUUAACACAGGAUCACACCUAACGCAAAAAGGAGGAUAAAUGUCAUCAAAGUAAUGCGGGAAUAUUUUUUCUGAGACCGUAUAAAGUCGAGAAGCGGUGAACUAGCUCCGUGUGCUAACUAUCCCAGCUCCAUCUUUACUGUUUGGCCAAAUUCAAGGAUGGCAAGUUAGUUUUGGUUAGUCUUGGCCGCUCUCCUGCUUUGUCAAGGACAACCAGAUGACUGAGGGGGUAUAGUGCCAGGUCAGCCUAAAGGCCAGACGAAAUCUUCAUCUGAGGAACGUUGAAGGUGCACAAUGUUCAGUGUGCCCCAAAGCUCCAAGUCCGAGUUCCUGGACAAAGCCAGGCAGGCCAGGGAGGAAAGGAAAGGACAGAAGGAGAAGGAAAGAGCAGCCACCCAGAUUCAAUCUCUGAUCAGGAGGUUUCUCUGUCGCUGCAGACUCCAGAAGCAAAUAAGGAAAGAAGUUGAUGAGUAUUUUCAAGCAUCUGAAACUGGAACAUCAAAAAGAAAUGCACUUUCUAUAUUUAAAAUUGCUCGGAAAUUACUAUACAUAUAUCGCCAGGAAGAUAAGAUGAGGUUUGAGAAGCUUUGUCGUGCUAUUCUUGCCAGCAUGGAGGUUGAAAAUGAACCUAAAGUCUGGUAUGUGUCCUUGGCACUCUCCAAAGACCUCACCAUUCCUUGGCUAAAGCAAAUAAAAGAUGUGCUGUGGACCUGCUGUCAGUUACUGAAAGGUUUAAAGCCUGACAUACUUCAAGAUAACAAACUGGUGACUCUAUACCUCACCAUGCUGGUGACCUUCACGGACACUUCCACUUGGCGGAUAGUCAGAGGGAAGGGAGAAGCUCUCAGACCGGCUCUGACAAGGAUUUGUGAGAACAUCAUGGGCCAUUUAAAUCAAAAGGGAUUCUAUUCAGUACUGCAGAUCUUGCUGACUAAUGGCUUGGCUCGUUCUAAACCAUCUCUCUCCAAAGGCACCCUCACAGCUAUCUUCUCUUUGUCAUUAAGGCCAGUUGUUGCUGCUCACUUUUCCGAUAACCUGCUGAGAUCAUUCCUUAUUCACAUCAUGUCGGUUCCAGCUGUUGUAUCUCACCUCAGUGUGCUUACUCCAGAGUGUAUGGCAACUAUCCAGACCCACGACCUCCUGAGAAAGUUUAUUUUGUUUCUCAGCAGGGAAGAACAGUGUUCCGACAUCUGUGUGUGUCUCGAAGGGAGCCACACACUCUGCUUACUUGGCAACCUGAUUCACCUGGGUUACCUUAAUGAGAAAGUCCUUGAAGAGGAGGCAAGCCAUUUUGUGAAGGACCUGACUGACAUGCUGUCUUACUGUCAGAGAUAUGUCUCCCAGAAGAAGUCCAACCUGACCCACUGGCACCCUGUCUUGGGCUGGUUCUCACAAACUGUAGACUACGGUCUGAAUGAGUCAAUGCCGCUGGUCACUAAACAACUCCAGUACCUGUGGAGUGUUUCUUUCAUUCGAACACUCUUCAGUGAUGUCCUCUCCAAAAAGCUGGAGAGUCAGGAGCCGACUCCUCCCCCACCACAACCUAGCACCUCACAGAACAAUCUACCAGUAAAAAACCUCUUCAAGCGAGCAUUUCAAAAGUCAGCUUCUGUGAGAAACAUCCUGAAACCUGUUGGAGGCAAGAGAGUUGACUCAGCAGAAGUUCAGAAGGUGUGCAGCAUCUGCGUGCUCUAUCAGACUGCUCUGUCCACACUGACGCAGAUACGCCUGCAGAUACUCACUGGUCUGACUCAUCUUGAUGACCUUUUACCCAAACUCUGGGCCUUCAUCUGUGAACUUGGUCCUCAGGGAGGGCUCAAACUCUUUAUGGAGUGUCUGAACAAUGACACCGAUGAGUCCAAGCAGCUCCUGGCCAUGCUCAUGCUCUUCUGUGACUGCUCACGACACCUCAUCACAAUUCUUGAUGACAUUGAAGUAUAUGAGGAACAAACAUCUUUUAAGAUCGAGGAGCUCCUCACUAUCUCUUCAUUUUUGAACACAUUUGUGUAUAAGAUGAUAUGGGACGGCAUCUUAGAAAAUGCGAAGGGUGAGAAGCUGGAGUUGUUUCACAGCGUUCAUGGCUGGUUGAUGGUGCUUUAUGAACGGGACUGCAGAAGAAGGUUCACCCCUGAUGACCACUGGCUGCGCAAGGACCUGAAGCCCAGCCUGCUUUUCCAAGAGCUGGAGAAGGGCAAGAAGAGGGCCCAGUUCUUAUUGCAGUACAUCCCACAUGUCAUACCACAUAAAAACAGAGUGCUGCUGUUCAGAAACAUCGUUACAAAGGAAAAGGAAACUUUAGGGCUGGUGGAAACGAGCUCUGCUUCACCUCACGUCACCCACAUCACCAUCCGUCGCUCACGGAUGUUGGAGGAUGGAUACGAUCAGCUCCGUCGGCUACCGGUGAAUUCCAUUAAAGGUGUCAUACGCGUGAAGUUUGUUAACGACCUGGGAGUGGAUGAGGCCGGUAUCGACCAGGAUGGCGUCUUCAAAGAGUUUCUAGAGGAGAUCAUAAAGAAAGUUUUCAAUCCUGCCCUAAACCUCUUCAAGACUACAAGUGGAAAUGAGAGGCUUUAUCCUUCACCCACAUCCUACAUUCACGAGAACCACUUGCAGCUGUUUGAGUUUGUGGGGAAGAUGCUUGGGAAAGCUGUUUAUGAGGGCAUUGUUGUGGACGUUCCUUUCGCCUCCUUCUUCCUCAGUCAAGUCUUGGGUCAUCACCACAGCACUUUCUACAGCUCUAUUGAUGAGCUUCCCUCACUGGAUUCCGAGUUUUACAAGAACCUUACUUCCAUCAAGCGCUAUGAUGGAGAUGUAGGUGAUCUAGGACUCACGUUAUCCUAUGAUGAGGAUGUAAUGGGGCAGCUUGUCUGCCAUGAGUUGAUACCAGGGGGCAAAACUAUGCCAGUCACCAAUGAAAACAAGAUCAGCUACAUCCACUUAAUGGCUCACUUCCGGAUGCACACACAGAUUAAAGAGCAAACUGCAGCUUUUAUCCGGGGCUUCCGCAGCAUCAUUAACCCAGAGUGGCUACACAUGUUUUCCACACCUGAGGUUCAGCGUCUUGUCUCAGGAGACAAUGCUGAGAUCGAUUUAGACGACCUCAAGAAACAUACUGUGUACUAUGGAGGUUUUCACAGCAGCCACCGAGUCAUCAUCUGGCUCUGGGACAUCCUGUCCAGUGACUUCAAUGCGGAGGAGAGAGCCAUGUUCCUUAAGUUUGUUACAAGCUGCUCCAGGCCUCCUCUUCUAGGUUUUGCCUACCUCAAACCACCUUUCUCCAUUCGUUGUGUGGAAGUAUCGGAUGACCAGGACACUGGAGACACCCUCGGCAGUGUCCUCAGGGGCUUUUUUACGAUUCGCAAGAAGGAACCAGGCGGUCGCCUUCCCACCUCCUCAACAUGCUUCAACCUGCUGAAGCUGCCCAACUACAGUAAGAAGAGCAUCCUGAGGGACAAACUACGCUACGCGAUCAGUAUGAACACAGGCUUCGAGCUUUCCUAACUCCGUUACGUUGGGUCAUCCUGCACAGGAUGAUUGUUAAGCAGCCUGAACCAAGCAAGAGGCUCGGCUCACCUGUAAUGGAGCCUGGCACAUCAAAGGGGCAUCACCCAAAUAAAAUGGGAAACAUGAAGGAAUUACAAACUGGACGAGCUGUGAUUAACUCACCUCCUCACACGGGCAUGCUGUCUGUGCAGCACAGUCCAGUUUUAAUCAUCUCCCACGGCCACUCCAGAAAUUGGACGAGAUAUAUUUAACUUGCUGAAAACCACACAUUUCUGUAUGUUGUGAACAGAUACAUUCUUGGAUCUAACACUCCGUGUUUUAAGAGAACUGGAAAGCAAUACAGAUGCAAUGCAAGCCACUAGACACGUGGCCGACUCUCUCACCUGAAACCAAGUGAUCCUUUGCUAACAUACUUAAGCUCGGACUCCAGUACACAAGCGGCAUCUAGGUGACCAUGGAUGAGUUCUGAAUGAAAUGCAUUUUUCCUAAACGGAAGACCAAUCAGUGUCACGUGUUCAACCUCUAUGAGGGAGGAGAGAGCAGUUCCAUUGUCCCAUUCAAGAAGAAAUCAUCAUGACCACGCAAAAUUUGCAUAUUUUAAUUCAUUUUAAAUGUGCGUCUGCCUCACUUAACAUGGAAACAAAUCUAUAGGUUGACCUAAUAUUGUUAUUGACUAAUGUCUUUGCUGUAGCCUCUUUUACCAACUAGACAUUUAAAAAAAAAAAAAACUGGAAAUGCUCUUUGCCUGUUCAGAUCUGCCAGGACUAAUCUGACCUUUGCUCUUGUCAGAUCACAACUUUUCUUCAUUCCAAAAAUAUAGAAUCACCCAGUAAUGUCCAAUAAGUGAUGCUAUAGUCUUUUACCUAAAACUGAUAAACUCAUCAAACCUUUGAAUAAUGCAGAGUGCCUCAUGUGUUGCCAUUGUCCCCAUCACAUCCCACUGCUUUCAGCUGUAACUGGUGAUCACUUAUAUUGGAAACAAGCCAUAGAAACAGGGGCUACGUACCAGGAGCUUUACUCUGCUCCUGCUAACAAAACAAAGAAACCCAACCACUGUAUUGUUGUUACUACUACUACUAUUACUACUACAAGUACUACUACUACUACUACUACUAUGACUACAACCGAAGAAGGUUUGACUAUAGCGCCCUCUGAUCUCUGUGGACUUUUCAAGCCAUGCAUAAAAGAUGUUUUAAAGCCUCUCAACAUGAUGUCAUGGGCCGGUUUGUCAACCUGAUGUGACUGGUUGAUCUGAUGUUCAUCGGGAUUGAUACCUUGUGCAUGUGUUUGUGUCUGUUGGGGAAAGGGAGAUGAGGAUGAAUGUUACCUAAUAAGCAUAAUUAAUAGUUAACAGGGUUCAGUUGUGUCAUAACUUUUACGAACUUAAUCAUCUAAUGGAGCAACUGCAACUUUCAAAAGACUUAAAAAAAGACAUACAAUUUUUACCAGGUUCUUUAUUAUGCAAAAACGUUUCUCUCAUGAAUGAGUAGAGAUACUUUUGUUAACAAGUAAUCCAAACUAUACCUGCUCAUCUUUGUUUUAAACUAGUAUUGGACACUAACUUGUGUAAGAACAACAAAGAAAGUUUACUCACGAGGUGAACUUACUUCGAAACGGGCGAAUCAGUCGGAAGGACCAUGUAACGCACGUCCUCCUUUAAAUCUGCUGAAGCAAGAAGCGCACUACGCUGAGCGCGUGUUCGUGCGAUGAACGAUACCUCACAAGCUCGUCUGUCUCCCGAUGAGGUCACUCAUCUGUUUCAAAUGAUGUCAAGAGUGGAGUUUGGACUGCUGACGCUGACUUUGGAUGUCCGUUCCUUUAGUACAAUAUGACGAUGAUGAUGAUGAUGAUAAUAAAACCACCUUCCUGUGAAAGUG